CAAUGACACAUGUUCGAGCGAUCAUCACAAUUGCCAUGCUUGUUUGUUAUUAUUUUUUUGGAAAAUUCUAAAACGUGUUGAGCAACGGACGUUAAUUUUUCCGUAGAUAAAGAAAAUUUUGAAAGGCUUUAGUAGACAGUAUCAAAAUGACCGAUAUAAUCGAAAAUUUGGAACUUGAUCGAGAUAUCAUUCCUUCCGAAGAAAUAGAGGAGCAGUUCAGCAAAAAAUACCAUUUACUGACAGAAACAGCAGUAACACUUAAAACAACAUAUGUUGAUACAAUGAGUGUCAGUAGAGCAUUAAAAAUUGGAGUAAGUCUCCAAGAUAACACAUUAGAGGUGUAUGAAUUAAAUAGUUCAUCAUUACAACAUGUAAGUCGUUUACAAGGCCAUGACAAAAAAAUUACAGAGAUUAGUUUUCAUCCAAAGCAGGAAAGUCUUUUAUUUUCUACUGGUCUAGAUGGUUACAUUAGGUUAUGGGAUUUACGAAUGAAUGGAGAAUGUGUUCAGGAGUUUAAAGAAGAUGCUGACUCUCCAAUCAGGCCCUAUGAGUGUAUGGAUGUAUCGGACAAAGGAAAUGUGUUUUGUACAGGCAGCCAACUUGUAAAAGAUGAGUGUUAUAUUGUUUUUUGGGAUCCUCGUACAACAAAGCCCUUGGGAGCUUACUGGGAAAGUCAUACUGAAGACAUCAUUCAGGUGAAAUUUAAACCAAAUACUAACACAGUUUUGACAUCUGGUGCUACUGAUGGUCUUAUUAAUAUAUUUAACCUGUUGGAACAUGAAGAAGACAGUGCCCUGCUAUACUCACUGAAUGUUGGCAACUCUGUGGAGAAACUUACUUGGCUCAAUGACGACCAACUGGGCUGCGUUACACAGUCCGAUGACCUUCAGAUAUGGAACACAGCCACUGGUGACAUGAUCAAAGAAUAUAGUAGAGAUAAAGUUGCUAGGAGUAUUAAGAGGAGCAGAGAUGAUGAUUGUUAUGUGGUAAACAUGUUUCCUGGUCCCGACAAUAAUAACUGGCUGCUGGCAGGCUCUCAUGGUGGAAAUGGAAACACUCUGAGGUCACUUAGUAUAGCUGACAAACGAUUAUUGCCUAGCACAGACUUUGUCAACAACAAACAAAUUGUUAGAUGCUGCCACUUUGAUACACAUAAUAACCUCUUAAUAACAGCAGGUGAGUCAGGUCUAAUCAGCGUAUGGAGUGAAGAGCAAUCACGCGAACGUGACGUCACGCAUGUGCACAAAAACGAUAAGUUGCAUGCACAUAGACAUAGACCAUACUAGAUAGAUUAUUGCCAGAAAUGUGAUUAGCCUUAAUUGAUAUUAGAUUAAUGACGUAGUACUUUUCUCAAACAACUAAAUAUUGCUACUAGGACUUUUAUUCUGUUAGUCAAGGUUUAAGAUCUACAUUCUACACAAUAAAAACACUAUUACGACAGGUACCAUAUUAAUAUAGACCUUAUAAAACGUAGUGAAUAUGACUGAGAACAUAAAAUGUCAACAACGAAACGAUAGUUCUGUUUGUGCAAGCGAUAGACUCACGAUUUUUUAAAAUAAAAUCAUGAGUUAUGAAUGAAAAUCAAUGUUACGAAUUACUAUUAUUUAUUAUAAAUAAUUAUUGCUUGUAUUAUAAAUAAUUAUCGAUUGUUGCUUUCACAGUUUGUUAAAACCGUUUCGCGUCAGAACUUAAAAUUCCAAAUAUAAAAUAUUUCUCUCCAUAAUUUUAAUCGUAUAGCAUAGAAAAACUUGUUGAGUUUUUUUAUGUGGCUCAUCUGAUAUUAAAUGAUACCGUCGCCCAUGGACACUCCUAUUGCCAGAUGGCUCGCAAAUGCGUUGCCAGCCUUUUAGUAAUGGUAUGGCACGGGAUAAUUUUCAAAGUCAUAAUUAUACUAAUAAGGGGGCAUAAGUCUUGUGUGCUUAUUUUUACGUUGUAUGAACUCCCUACAAAAGAGUAACGGCCAAUAUGGAAAUGAUUAUUUCGUAACUUUAUAAAUAAAACAUUUAUUAUUU